AUGGAUGUUAAAAAUGUUUUUCUCAACGGCGAUUUGAAUGAGAAAGUUUAUAUGCAUCCUCCUCCUGGGUACUCUCAUCCUCCACAACAGGUUUGUCUUCUUCGGCGAGCUUUAUAUGGUCUUAAGCAAACUCCGCGAGCAUGGUUUGCAAAAUUCAGUUCUACUAUUGCACGCUUUGGUUUUGCUUCUAGUCCUCAUGAUUCGGCCUUAUUUAUCCGUCGUAUUGAUAAGGGUAUUGUUCUGUUGUUACUUUAUGUGGAUGAUAUGAUCAUUACAGGUGAUAAUUUUGUGGCCAUUUCUGACUUACAAAACUACCUCAGUCAACAUUUUGAGAUGAAAAAUUUGGGGCCACUCAGUUACUUUCUCGGGCUUGAAGUCUCUUCUUGUUCUGAUGGUUACUAUUUGUCUCAAGCCAAAUAUGCUUCUGAUUUGCUUUCCAGAUCUGCUGACUCAAAUACAGCCUCAACACCUUUGGAUACUAAUGUUAAGUUAACUCCAUUUGAUGGCACACCUCUUCCUGAUCCUACCUUAUAUCGACAACUUGUUGGUAGUCUUGUUUAUCUUACUGUGACUCGUCCUGAUAUCACCUAUGUUGUGCAUGUUGUUAGUCAAUUCAUGGCUACUCCUCGAACUGUUCAUUUUACUGUUGUUCUUCGUAUUCUAAGAUAUGUCAAAGGCACUCUUCUUCAUGGACUUCAUUUUCCUACUCAAUCGUCCUUAAUCUUAUUAGGCUAUUCUGAUGCUGAUUGGGCUAGUAACCCUACUGAUCGUCGUUCAACAAAUGGUUACUGCUUCGUCUUGGGUGACUCGCUCAUUUCAUGGAGAAGUAAGAAGCAAACUGUCACAUCUCGAUCAAGUACUGAAUCUGAGUAUCGGGCCCUAGCCGAUGCUACUUCUGAAUUACUUUGGCUCCGUUGGUUACUUGAGGAUUUGGGUGUUACACAGUCCUCUGCUACCAUUCUCCAUUGUGACAAUCGAAGUGCAAUUCAAAUUGCUCAUAAUGAUGUUUCCAUUCUCCAUUGUGACAAUCGAAGUGCAAUUCAAAUUGCUCAUAAUGAUGUUUUCCACGAACGCACCAAACACAUUGAGAAUGAUUGUCAUUUUUUCAAAUUGCUCAUAAUGAUGUUUUCCACGAACGCACCAAACACAUUGAGAAUGAUUGUCAUUUUGUUCGGCAACAUCUUCAGCAUGGCACUUUACAACUUCUUUCUAUUCCUUCAGUAG